CCCGAUGAAUUACUGUGAGUGGUGGAAAAUAUUGUUUUGAAUGACUCGUCCGUCGAAUAAUUUUCAGUACCCUAAAAUAAAGCGAGAAAUGACCGGUGAUACGGGAUUCGGUCUAGGUGUUGGAGUAGCAAGCGGCUCCGGACUUGCUGCGGCCCAACAAGGCCAGGGAGUCGCAGCUUUACUGGUGAUGCUGGCCGUUCUCUGCUUUAUAUUCGCGUACUGCUGCUGGGGAGCUCCGUUCUGCAGGUCGUUGUGUCGCAGACAUUGCUGCUGCAGGCUAGAAGAUCCAGAGCUUGACACAAGAUUUGGCAGCAGUGAUCAGGCCAUGGUCGCUACUCCGACAAUUAUUCUGCUGCCUCACGGAAGAAUGCUGGUAGUUGAUGGAAAUAUUUUCAGUCAGUUCCAAGCUGAUACUACAGGUCUUGAUCUGGUGGAAUUGGGUGAAAAUGUUCUGAGGGCACAACGUAACUCACGGUAUGUUAAUCGACACCACUUGUCGCACAAUAGUCAAGGAAGCAUGUUGGAAAUGGAUGCUGAGACACCAAGUAAAGAUAGUAUUGGCUCGGUUGGUUGCUUUCCACCACCGACUUAUGAAAGUAUUUAUGGUAAAGAUGAAGGUGACAUGCCGCCAUCAUAUUCUGAUAUUAUUUUACACAGAUUUGCAAAUUUACCAUAUGAAAUAGAUUUACAAGAUUACUAUAACGACAAAGAAGAAAUAGAAAUGCGUAGUCUUGAUAAUUGCUCACAUAUCAUAACGAAUCCAAUGAACACUGUGACUUAUCAUCCCUACGCAACGAUAACGUCCUUUUCGAGUCAGAAUUUUUCACGUAAUCUGACGAGGAAUAACUCGAGGCACAAUCAACCAAGCACAACGACCGACAGUUUUUACAUUGAAAAUGAGUAUAAUAAUAUUUACACAGUAAAUAGCAACAACAACAUAAAUCAUAAUCACAACAAUCAACAAAACACAAAUGUAAAUGUUAAUGCAAAUAAUAAUCACCCGACGACCAAUCACAGAAAUUUCUACGUAAUGACCAACGGGAGCCUGUACCGUCAAAACGCAUCACGUGGAUUUAUUUCUAACGAAGAGCUGCACAGACACUUUAGUGAUACUAAUAAUAUAAGUUCUACCUUCGAUAAUUAUAAUUCUAACUCUAACUCUAAUUCUAAUUCUAAUUCUAAUUCUAACGGGACGUCGUCCAAUGAGACUUCUGAUCCUCGGGUCCAGAGCACACAAGAGACAGUUGUUGACGUUAAUGUUACUGAAAGGAGAUCUGGCGAACGGGAUGGAGCUAGUGCUGUUGGAGCAAUUAAUAUCAUCAGUUCUAAUUCUAAUUCUCAUGCUAGUGCUAAUACAAAUCCACGCAAUCAUAUUGAUCCUGAUGGUAGUGCUAGGGCUGAUCAGAGACGUGAUAGACACCGUGAUAUUGAUAUGGAUGAAGAAAAUAAUAAUUUUGUAACACUUGCUGAUAUUCGUGAGAGCCGCGUGUGAUUUAUAAUAAAUAAGCUGUAUUAAAUAAUUAUAAUUUUAUUGAUUAUAAGUUUAAAUGUAAUUGUAAUGUACAAUAAUAAAAAUUGCUUUUGAUAGCAGAACGGCUAAUGAUAAUUUAAAAGCCUCGGUUGGGUAAUAAAACUUCGCGUUACUAAUUCCAAAAUGACGUAUAAAAAAAUUUUUUUUUCACUCCAACUAA